AUGGCCAAUGACUUGUUAUACAUGGAUUUAUCUGAUUGGAAUGACUACGGCUGUUUCUGUGAUUCAUCCCAGACUGCAAGCUUGGUAAUAGAAAGACAACCAGUUGAUGAAACAGACAAGUGCUGUAAGGAACAUGACAAAUGUUAUGUUGCUGCUCCGUCCAGUUGUGACUGUCACAAAGUACAAUCGUUUGCAUUCAAUGCAAGACGUAACAACUGGAAGUUAGCUAAAGGAUUCUGUGAAGAUGUGUUUCGCAUCAGUCAAAAUGAUGAAUGCAAACGUUACUGUUGCCAAUGUGAUUUCACUGGAGCUGAAUGA